UACAUUCAGUCCGCUAUGCCGCGCGUCGAUGGUACACGUUAAACGGGGUGCGAUCGAAACUGGUUCAGCAGAUUGUUUUAGAUCAUUUGACCAGAACGCUUUCGCGGAUUCGCAGGCGCGCAGUAAUUUCCUUUUAAGACGAGAGAGUGUCAUGCUCAAAUAAGUAAAUCUAUCAAGAGACACUGCAGGUCUUGGCGCUAAGGCACGCGCAACGAUACUAUAAAGUGUAUUUGGCAUUUUUCAGUUCUGUGCGUUUUUCAGUGUUCUUCUUCAGUUUGAAUAUUAGAAAAAAACAAUCCAGCGGAAUUAGUUUGAAUUGGGCAUACAUUUGGACAGCAAUGCUGUGGAAAAUACGUAUAGUGUUCAGUAUUACAAAUGUUAUAUAUAAUAUAUUUCAUCCGAUAUGGUUGUUUUUUCACAAGAAACCACCAAGUAUUCCACCAAUAACUCGUUCCAUAUACAUGUUGAGUGCCACGAAACUCGCUAAAAAGAUCAGAGAGGGAGAGAUUACGAGUUGCGAAGUAGUGCAAGAAUAUAUAACGCGUAUUAAAGAAGUAAACUCUUUCAUAAACGCUGUUGUUGAUGAACGAUUCCUUGACGCGAUAAUCGAGGCAAAAAAUUAUGACCAACAAUUGAAAGAGGGCAAAUUUGAUAUUAAAACUUUAGAAAAAGAAAAGCCGCUUUAUGGUGUUCCAAUUACCAUCAAGGAAUGUUGUGCUGUAAAAGGUUGCAGUCAUACAGGUUGCACUUUGCCUCGCAAAGGGAUAAAGGCAGACUAUGAUGCUGCGGUCGUCGUGAUGCUCAGAAAUGCCGGUGCGAUACCAUUGUGUGUUACCAACACGCCUGAGAUGAGCGGUGGUUUUGAUAGCACUAAUCCAUUAUACGGCCGCACCUGUAAUCCUUAUGACACUAGGUAUUCGGCCGGUGGAUCGUCCGGUGGAGAGGCCGCAUUACUUGGGGCAGGUGGUUCCGUAAUCGGAAUUGGCUCAGACUUGGCUGGUUCUGUAAGAAUACCUGCUUUUUUGAACGGCAUUUUCGGGCACAAACCCACACCUGGAAUUAUUCCGACUAAUGGACACUUCCCGUUCACCGAAGACAAAUACUUCCAUAAGUUCAUGACCUUUGGCCCAAUGGCUAGAUACGCUGAGGAUCUUGGUUUGCUUAUGAAAGUGAUGACAUCGAAAUGCAAUCACGACCUGCGUUUAGAUGUGCCGGUGGACUUGAAGCAAAUAAAGAUCUACUAUCGACAAAGUUUGGACAAAACUCUUGGUGUAUUAUCCAUGUCACAGGAAAUUGAGAAUUGCGUUCUGAAAGCCGCUAAUCAUUUCGCGCGAUAUAAUGUUCGUGCCGAGAAGUUACCAAUAGAGUGGCCAGUAACAAUUACCGAAGUUGUGUUAACGGGAUUCUUGAAUAUAAAGAAGCCCCCUCAAAUGCUGCUAGACGCGAGCGAUCUCAAGCACCAUAAGAAUGUAAACGUCGAAGUGAUGAAAGCUCUAUUUGGUCUGUCGGAACACACGAAACAGCUGUUAUUCUUCACUAUAACAUUAGAUACGCAUUUUCCAUUCACAGAAUCAGAGAUAUCGCAUUACACGAAGCAUGCAGAGGAGAUUCGACAGAAACUGCUGGAUCUGUUGGGAGACAACGGCGUACUUAUUUAUCCGACCUUCCGAAAGCAAUUUCUUCCACAGUUUGUAAUAUGCGAAAUGAUGUCAGUUGCAAACUGCGGAUUAUUCAAUAUUUUCGGUUUUCCCGCAGUGCACGUUCCGAUGGGGCUUAAUCCGAACGAUGGAAUGCCCAUAGGCGUUCAGGUCAUAGCUGCGCCUUAUCAAGAUCGUCUCUGUUUGGCGGUUGCAAAUGAAUUGGAGAUGGCCUUUGGUGGCUGGGUACCGCCAUCUAUAUCGAUAAGCGAUUAGGAAAUACAUUCGGUUUUUUUAAGUAAAAAAAUUAAGUAAAAAAUUAAGUAAAAAAUAUCAAGCUGGAGAUUGUAUCUUUGCAAAGACGAAUGACGCACAAAUAGAAGAUCUUGUAAAGAUCUUUAUACUAGCAAUUCCUCUUACAAUAUUUCAACAUAAAUUUGAAAAUAUGAUGUUUCUAAAUAAAAUAUGUAUGUUCUCUACUCUGCUAAAGAUUUAUUAAUAAGUUUAUAUAAAUAUAUUUUAUUAAUAUUAUUAUGUGUAAUUAUCGUAUAUGUAGCAAUACGUGAAUUCUAAUAAAUCAUCUGGAUGAGAUCACUACCGCUUUAUAAUAUUACUCAGCAUUAAAUCUUUGCAAAAUUUAAUUCGACAUAUAUCACUAUGUUCACAAUUAUUCGGCUUGUACAGUAUAACUGACAAUAUAAAUUGUUUAUUGUCCGUUUCGUCUGUAUUGUUUAUUAUUAUUUUUAUUUCGAACGACUUACGUACUAAAUAUCAUCAUUAUCAACGUAAACAAAUCUUGUUAUAACAUCAAGAUUUUCAUCAAAUUAUAUAAUCAAGAUUAUUUUUAUAGCUUGCAAAUGUAUGUUAACAAUGCAUUAGCUUAAUGUAAGGAACAACGAUAUAUCUUAUCUAUUUCCGCUCUUGUUUAUAAACAGAAUGCCGCUU